CGGGGCUGAGGUAGCACCGGCAGCGCCGGGGCCGAGGUAGCACCGGCAGCGCCGGGGCCAGGCACGGAGGUUGGGAUCGCACUCCCGAGACGACAACUUGUUAUUAUCGUUUUCUUCCAGGUGACACCGUCGCCCCUCGGGCAGUAACGGGAUUAACUCCUUCGUCUGCCGCCGCUGGGGAUGGGAGGCCGGCGGUCUCCGUUAGAACGGAGCGUACCGUACCGGGCAGAGCUAUGGGAAGAGCUCGGCACGUCCGAAGAGGAGGAGGAGCUGGAGGGUUUCAGGCGGGAGGCGGCGGUUCUGCGUGACAAGCUGCGGGAAGCUCUCAGUCGUACAUCUGGUAACAAAAGGCAGUCCAGUUCUUUGACCGACCUCACCUCGGACAGUACCUGGGACCAGCCAAAGCCUCAGUGGUUUCCUAAAUCCCGGCUGAGGCCAAAAAGUGCUUCAUCUCCCUGGAUUCCUUCCAUCACCGUCCCUCAGCCUUUCCAAAUGACACUACGGGAAGCUCGCAAAAAGUCCCAGUUGAUGAAGUCAUACAUGUUUCUCAAACUAGAUGAACAGAGAGACACAAGGCCAAGCCAGGAUGAAGCUGAAUGUCUCAAACAAUUCCGGGCACAGCCUGUACCUGCCCAUGUAUUUCUGCCCCUUUAUCAGGAGUUAAUGGAGCAGAAUGAGAUUCGCAGGCAAAUAGCAACACAGAAAAGAAAGGAGCUGCUACUUUCAACCCAGCGGCCCUUCAGUUUCCUGGAGAAGGAAGAGAAAAAGAAAGAAGCUAUCAGACAAAAGUUCCUGGCAGCAGCAACCCCAAAUGAGUGCUCCAAACAGAAGCAAGCCAGUAAAAAAGUUCCUAAAUCUACUUAUGACUCACUUCUUGGAGAUAAACUCAAAGAAGCUGAGCUCUGCAGAGAAAUCCGCAUUCAGAUGAGAGCGAAGGAUCUGCUCCAGAGCUCCGCAGCUCCCAUAGACACCAGCAGCCCUCGGAGGGAGCCCCAGGCCCGAGCUGCUGCUAAUACCAAGCGGGAGAGACUCAGCUUCUUGCAGGACAACAGUUUCAGCUUCAAGCCGAGGAUUAAUCCAACAGUACCGGAUUUUGAAGGACUUUACUGGGCCUUUCAGAGGGAAGCACUAAAGAGACAAGAAAUCAAAGAGGCAACUCGUAAUAAGCCGUUCAAGCUAAGAACCUCCAAUCUCCGUGGCAGGCAGAGGCAGGCCAAUGAAAAGAUAAAGGAUUCUCAGCAACUUUCCAAGGUUUCAAUGAAAAAAAGUCAUUCUCUGACUGCUCUUUCCUCCCUCUCUACCAACACCCUUCCAGUGCAUAUCACAGAUGCUACUAGAAAAAAAGAAUCUGCUAUUAGAUACCACCAAGAUAAAAAGGAAGGGGACAAAGAAGGAAUUUAUUGGCUGGAAAAACAGAAAAAGAAAUGUCAGGCUAUGCGAAAGUCAGUGAACAGCCGAGCAAAAGCCCUGGACCCACAUAAAAGUCUGGAGGAAACACACAAGGAAAAGCUGAAACAGAACCGGCAAAUUAUGAGAGAGAGAACAAAGGAAUACAGAAAAGAGUUGGAAGAAAUGCAGCUGCGAGUCAAGAACAGACCAUACCUCUUUGAACAGGUCGCCAAGCACGGUGCUCGUCAGGAAGCAGAGCGUCGCUACAGAUGCACCCUCCAGCAGGCUGGGCUGAGGGAAGAGUUUGUAAGGAAAAAAGGGGAAGAUGCCACUGACUUGCUGGAAGAAGAACCUGAUGUUCACAGAGCACCCAAGCCUCAAUGUGGAAAAGACGAUGGUACUGUACAGGAAGGAGAACCUCAAGUGGAACAGAGCGGAAAGGAAAUGGCAACGAUCUAGAAGAAUCCAUCCGUUAUCUCGUGAUUCUUUUAAUUCCAGAUUCUCCAGGUUAAUCCUGAGGAACUUUAUAGGUUAGACUGACACCUAAGAAUUGUUCUGGGCUGAGAUGUGAGAACUCAGUAAAGGAAAAAAGACCACCUGUAGUUUACAGCAUGUCUUGUCCAGCCCAGCAAACCCUGCAGCAUCCAGCAGUCCUCACAAAUGCUCCUUCUAUGAGCCAUUUCCACUUCUUUAACAGGCAACAAAACAAGUUAAAAAGCUUGAAGCAUUAUAUUUGGAUAAAAGUAGGUACAAAAAAAUUGAAGAGGUGUAUGCUCUAGUGUCACUUCCUUGCAUUUAUGCCACAGAAGCACAGAGAAAGGCGAGAACGCCUUUCAGCAUGCUAAACCUUGGUUUACACAUGUAUGUGGUAGAAAGCUUUUAAACAAAGUAUUUCUAAAAAAAUACAUAGGUAAAAUUCUGCUGUCUUGGGAGAAGACAGAGGGAAGUCCUCCUCUGGCAUUAACUCUCCCUCAUUACCAGCUUUGCUCCUUUUUCCCACUGGGGAGAAGCAAUAGUCUAUGUUAAAAUGUUCUCUCUCACAUUUCCCUAUUUGAAACUGUUUUAACAUCCUGCCAAUUUAGAGCAUCAAUUUGGCCUGAAAAACAAACAAAAAAUGAAGGUUGUAAUUAAACAAUGCAUCACUUUGGAUUGCUCUUGUCCUAAUUCUACUAUUGCUGUGAUGGCAAAGAUGGACUUUGGUGGAAGAAAGAUUGCUUGUAUUGCCUGUCAGCACACUGCACUCAGGUCUGGCGCAUGUUGAAUGUCCUAAGUUCACACAGCAGUGGUCUUCUUUUACCUGACAAUAAUAAUCAUCUCAAAAAUACAAACCCUUCCUCCCUGGAAUGUUUUCUGAGAAUUAUGGUAUCAAAGCACUUUGAGAUUAAAAGAUCUUUAAAUGGC